UACAAUUUAAAUCGCGAGUGUCGAACGUAUUUUUCGGUCAAGAGCUAACACGAAUUGCCAAAAUGAAUAAGCUGCUGGUUUUGGCCCUUUGCCUGGGUGUGGUCUGUGGAGAUUUCCAACAAAGUUUGGCGAGAACCAAACGCGACAGUUUCCACACUCGCCACUACAGUACCCACGGGCAGGCGGUGGAGCAGGCUCGCAAGAACGCCGGCUACGGAGGAGGCUAUAGCGGUGGCUUUGGAGCUGGCUUCGAUGGCGCCUCCGGUCAGGUUGAAGGCUCCUCUCUGGGAAAACUGGAGAGCUCCUACGACUCCGUGGGUGCGACUGAAUCCGCCGAAGGUGCCUCCGCUGGCGGAUUAGGUGGUGCCGUUGAGACUUUGGGUGGUGCUGCUGGUACUAACACCAUUGGUGCUGGUGUUGGAAGUUCCUUUGGCUCUAACUUUGCCUCCGGUUUUGGCGGCCAGAAUGCUGCCUCCUUUGGCGCCCAGAAUACCGCAGGCUUUGGCGCUCAGAAUGCUGCCUCCUUUGGUGCCCAGAAUGCCGCCUCCUUUGGCAGCUCCUUCUCCACCAACGCCGCCUUCCAGACCAGCUCCGCCUCCAACUUCGGCAGCACCGCCGCCCACCAGGUGGGCAGCAAUGUGGAGUUCGCUGAGAACGCCAAUGCCGGCAACAAGGUCGACUUUGGUGGCGUGAACGCCGUCGACUCCAGUGCUCAGCUGCUCAGCGGAGUUCAAACCGUGCAGUCCGCCCCCACUUCCGAGUAUUACAGGCACGAGAAGAUUGUGUCCACCCCGCAACAGGUGGUCUACACCAUUCCCGGUGGCUCCCAGCGUUACGUCCAUCACGAGGAGCGCAUUGUCGAGCAGCCUACCCAGACCCAGGUGACGCAGACGGUCCCAGUUCAAACCGCACACUACUAUCAGCGAAAGGUGACCACCACUGCGUCCGCACCACAGCUGGUUCAGCCAGUUGCCAGCAGCCGUUUAACCUACGGAUCGAAUGCCGCCUCCACCUUCGGCAGCAAUGCCGCCACCAACUUCGGCAGCAACACCGCCUCCAACUUCGGCAGCAAUGCCGCCUUCAACUCUCAGUUUGGCAGUUCCUUUGGCCAGAACUUCCAGCAGAACAGCCAGCUGACCCAGCUGCUCAGCCAAACCCAGCAAGCUGCCCGCCAGCAGGCUGCCUCCCAAGCCGCAUCCGCCAACCAGGUGCAAGCUGGAAGUGGCUACGCCGCCGGCUCACAAGGUGGCUUUAACUCUGGCUACAACUCUGCCUUCAACUCUGGCUCCCAGUUUGGAUUCAACUCCGCUAGCUCGUUGAACUCUGCCAGCUCCCUGAACUCCGCCAGUACCGGCAACAGUGCUGCUCUACUGAGUGGAUCUCUGUUGGGCGGCAGCCAAGGAUCUCUGCUGAGCGGACAGGUUGGCGGACAGCAGUCGCUGCUCAGCGGAUCCCUGUUAAGCGGACAGCAGAACUUGGGACUUGGACUGAACGCGGCACAGACCGGUCAAGUGGUCGGAGCGGGCAACGUUGGGGCCGGAUUAUCAGCAGGAGCCGGAAACUUGGGCAGUGGCUACCGUACCAAGCAGUGGGAGAAGCAGUCCAAGUGGUCUUCCCAGAACUCGUACGAUUCCAAUGGCCAUGUCAACAACUACAAGGAUCUAGUCACCGGCGAGAGCGAAAGUGUUGACAUCAAUGGCAAGCGGGCGGGAUACCAUGCGGUCACAGCCUCCGUCGAUGACAAUGGCAAGUUCGGCACCCACAGUGUUCACUCGUAAAGCGGCUACAUCAAUCAGCACCCAAAACUUUACGCCUGUCGUGUUCUUAGUGGAGUGAAAUACUCAGCUCGCACUGUUGUUGUAAAAUAAUGUGAAAGUAAAAUAAAUUUUUUAAAUGUCAA